AUGCUGCCCUCGCAGGAAGCCUCCAAACUGUACCAUGACAACUACGUGCGGAACUCGCGCGCCAUCGGCGUGCUCUGGGCCAUCUUCACCAUCUGCUUCGCCAUCAUCAACGUGGUGGUCUUCAUCCAACCCUACUGGGUGGGCGACAGCGUUAACACGCCCAAGCCCGGGUACUUCGGGCUGUUCCACUACUGCGUGGGCAGCGGGCUGGCGGGCCGGGAGCUGUCGUGCCGCGGCUCCUUCACCGACUUCAGCACCAUCCCCUCGGGCGCCUUUCAGGCGGCCGCGUUCUUCGUGCUGCUCUCCAUGGUGCUGACGCUGGGCUGCAUCACCUGCUUCGCCCUGUUCUUCUUCUGCAACACCGCCACCGUCUACAAGAUCUGCGCCUGGAUGCAGCUGCUGGCAGCGCUCUGCCUGGUGCUGGGCUGCAUGAUCUUUCCCGAUGGCUGGGAUGCAGAGACCAUACGUGACAUGUGCGGGGAGAAGACAGGGAAGUACUCCCUGGGCGACUGCUCCGUACGCUGGGCUUAUAUCCUGGCCAUCAUCGGUAUCCUCAACGCCCUUAUCCUUUCCUUCCUGGCCUUUGUUCUCGGUAACCGGCAGAACGACCUGCUGCACGAGGAGCUCAAGACAGAGAGCAAAGAUUUUGUUGGCACUGCGACCAUCCCCAACCAGCUGUGCUUUCCCCGCAGAGGAUAUAAGGCCGACCAUCCGCAGCAGGACCCUCUUCCCAUGGCCGGCAGCCUGGGCGCUCCCUCCCUGUUCUGCCCUUCAUUUGCUGCCAGCGGCCACACUGCGUCCCGCGCCGCCCUCCGGGCCCCGGCGCCCGUGCCAGGGAUGCGCCAGCCGCCCUCCGCAUCCACGGCCACCUCCAUGUCCACGCCGGCACCACCAUCCCACGCCCCCUGCCAGCUCCGUACCCACCGAUGCCUGCGGGCCGCCACCGGGGGAGGAUGCCUCAAACCCGCUUUCUUCAAGAACAGAAUCCAGCUGCGGUUUUGUUUCAAGGAAAAAACAGUCUUGGAGUUUUUAACAGAUUUCUACAUCCCCAGGACUCCUGACCUGCUGCCUCCCACCCGAACGCGCACCCACUCCGUGAUCCUGUCUCCACAGCCAGGGGACUCGGUGGCCGGGAUGGGGCCCAACCCCUACUUUUACAUCCCCGGGAGUCCAGCCCAGGACAUGGUGUUUCCUGGUGCGUGGCCGGGGCCGCAGGCUGCUCGCUCCCCUCAGCAUGGGGACCGUAGGGGCCUUGCUACUGUCGGCCGUGGGACACCCGACUCGCGCCGCCGUUGA